AUGAGCCAACAGGUGAUGGAUAAGUGUUCCCCUUAUAAUUUAACUCAACUUGAGUCAUUAUUACAAUCCAUCCGCGCAGCAGCCGCAGUUGCACGCAUCAAUCAAGCCCAAUGUGCUCUGCUUCUCCGACGGCUGCAGUUUGUUGCGGUUAUGCUAUCACGACUACCGGACCCAACACCAACACCGCAGAUCAUGACAGUCUUUCUCGCCGCGGAUUUCCUCCUACAAUGUAUGCACUGCGAUGACUAUUGGCAGAAGUUAUUACGACAUCAUUUCACUUGUAGUGCACUCUUCGAUGGUGUACUUCAGCGUAUUCCGCAGGUGUGGCAUAUGCACUCCACAGAGAAGUGGGCAGCAGAGAAACAAACGGCUGUCAAACAGGAUGAAGUGCAGUGUGCAAAACUCUUUCUAGAGAUCAUGGGAACAGAGGAGUUAAGAGAUGGUCCCAUUGCCACACUAAUACAACAACAACAAGAACAACAACGUGAGGGUUCACUUGUAAAUGAUGUAGUUCUUACGAAGGAAGAAAUUAUUAACGCUUUCCGGCGUCAUAACUUAAGUGAAUGGAAAGUGCCAUUUGAGAUACUCACCCCACCACCAUCAUCAUCAUCAUCUUUUUCUUCUUCUGAAGGUGAUGUACAGAAGAAAGAUACUACAAUGGAUAGUUUUACUCCAGGGUUUCUAAACGCACAUAAUGUGUUUUCCACAGAGCGGGGAUAUAGUUACAGAGGAAUGUCUGUAGUAUUGCGGCAAUUAGAUGGAAAGUUUGUCGAUGUGAUUUCUCCAAACACAGUUAUGAGUUUUGUACAGGAUAUGGUCUGCCGUUCACGAUGGUGUCAUCCAAAUGUGGUUCCUUUUAUUGGUGCCUUUACAGAGAAGAUGCAAUCCUCCGAGGAGAAGUUGUCUGAAGAUGGUAAAGGUGAAAUAACACCCACACUAGCACUUGGGAUUAUUAUGGAAGACGUUACACAUCUCGUGGCGGAGUCCAUAACCAAAAGAAAUACCAACAACGACAAUAAUAAUAAUAAUAAUAAUAAUAAUAAUAAUAAUAAUAAUAAUAAUAAUAAUGGAACUCCCAAUAUGUAUAGACCAUUGUAUACCCUUCGCCCUAUGAAGGGUAUUGAGGAUGCGGAUGUGACGUAUCGAUCUCUGCAUGAUCUUCUCUUUACACAACGGCGUCGCUUUACAAUAGCGGAGGCAAUGGAAAUAACACUGCAAGUUGCAGACGCACUUCAUUAUAUUCUCAUGGAUGAACCACAAGUCCCAGCUGAGACGUCCGCAGCGUGGAUGGAGGUAUCACCAUCACAUAUUCUUGUCUCUCCGUUAUUAACUCAGAGGGAAUGGAGAGAACAGCAAGAACAAGAACAACAAGAAGAAAGAGAAGAGGUGGAUGUUGGCCGGGAAGAAGUAUGGGAAUGGCCGUCAAACAAUGAAUCCCCUACAGUUCCCACAAAUUCCAUUGGCGGUGAGAGUUGUAUUCAAUUACCGUCACCCGGUUCAUUUGCGGUCAUGUAUGCUCCUCCACUAUAUGUGGAAUAUGGACCAUUCAGUCGCUGGAAACCCCAUCCACACGCCGCAAGUCCAGUCUGUUAUGCUCUUACACAACUUUUUAUUGCUCUUAUCAGUAAUGAGCCGCCGUACCGAUCAUUUGGGCGACAAGAAGAACUUGCUAUGUGUGUUUUUGCCAAUCCAGAGUUGCAAACAUCAAAUUUGUUCGAUAAUGAUAGUGAUGAUGAUGAUAGUGAUGAUGAUGAUGUUCCUUUAGUGCGAGUGACCAUACCGCUUGGGUGUGGUAUCCCGUCUUCUUUGCCUGUUGAGGUACGGAACUUGUGUAAACGUGGGUUGUCGCUGCGGAGUCCACGACAGGAGCAAUUGCAGCAAACAGAAAAUGGACUAACACUUGAACAGUUUCGGGAAACUAUGGAGAGGCUGUACGAAAAUAGUAUACAACUUUCAUAUAAUCAAACCACUGAAACAGAAGAGGAGUAUUAUCAUCGUCAGUGUUAUUCACUUUCUGGUGAUAAUAGUGUAGGAGAGUUGCGGCAGCGUGAUCAGAGUGAAUCUCCUCUCAAUGUUGAAAUGGUCCCACCCAUCAAGCAGGUGGACGAUUAUGGGGAUCUUCUUAGUAUGGCGUAUUAG